GAGUGGAGAAACACAUAGCGGAGUCCGGUCCAUCUCUACCGCAGCUAGCUAACCCCGCAGCAAGGCCACUGCGGGAAGAUGGCGACGGAAAAAGCGAAGCAUGAAGGAAGAGUUAAAAUUGGACAUUACAUUCUCGGAGACACUCUCGGAGUGGGGACGUUUGGGAAGGUUAAAGUGGGCCAACAUGAGCUGACCAAGCAUCAAGUGGCAGUGAAGAUCUUGAACAGGCAGAAAAUCCGCAGUUUGGACGUGGUGGGAAAGAUUCGCCGGGAGAUCCAGAACCUCAAGCUUUUCAGGCACCCUCACAUAAUUAAACUGUAUCAGGUUAUCAGCACCCCUACAGAUAUCUUCAUGGUGAUGGAGUAUGUCUCAGGGGGAGAGCUCUUUGACUACAUCUGCAAAAAUGGAAAGUUGGAUGAAAAGGAGAGUCGACGACUGUUCCAGCAGAUCAUUUCAGCAGUAGACUACUGCCACAGACACAUGGUGGUACAUCGAGACCUUAAGCCAGAAAAUGUGCUGCUUGAUGCGCAUAUGAAUGCUAAGAUUGCAGACUUUGGUUUGUCAAACAUGAUGUCAGAUGGAGAGUUCCUCAGAACAAGUUGUGGUUCUCCAAACUAUGCUGCUCCUGAGGUCAUCUCAGGAAGGUUAUAUGCUGGACCAGAGGUGGAUAUUUGGAGUAGUGGGGUGAUUCUCUACGCCUUGUUGUGUGGAACACUUCCCUUUGAUGAUGAUCAUGUGCCAACACUUUUUAAGAAGAUCUGUGAUGGGAUCUUCUUCACCCCACAGUAUCUGAACCCUGCAGUAAUAAGCUUACUGAAACACAUGUUGCAGGUGGACCCGAUGAAAAGAGCCACCAUCAAAGAGAUCCGAGAGGACGAGUGGUUCAAAAAAGAUCUGCCGAAGUACUUGUUCCCUGAGGACCCCUCCUACAGCAACAACAUGAUCGACGACGAGGCCCUGAAGGAGGUUUGUGAGAAGUUUGAGUGCACAGAGGAGGAGGUCCUUGCCUGCAUAUACAGUCGCAACCAUCAGGAUCCAUUGGCUGUUGCCUACCAUCUCAUCAUUGACAAUCGUCGCAUCAUGAGCGAAGCCAAGGAUUUCUACUUGGCAUCUAGCCCUCCUGACUCUUUUCUAGAUGACCAACACCUGACUUCAUCAGGUGCAGCGAUAGUCAAGCCUCACCCUGAGCGUGUACCUUUUCUCGUGGCGGAGACUCCUCCCAGGAGUAUCCGUCACACACUGGAUGAACUGAACCCUCAGAAGUCCAAGCACCAGGGUGUUAGGAGAGCCAAGUGGCACCUGGGUAUACGCAGUCAAAGCAGACCAAAUGAUAUCAUGACCGAGGUGUGCCGUGCAAUGAAACAGCUGGAUUAUGAGUGGAAGGUUGUGAAUCCAUAUUAUCUGCGUGUGAGAAGGAAGAAUCCUGUUACUGGGAUGCUUGCCAAGAUGAGCCUUCAACUGUACACAGUGGACAGCAGAACCUACCUCCUUGACUUCCGUAGCAUAGACGAUGAUAUGUUGGAGACAAAAUCAGGAAGUGCUACCCCUCUGCGCUCUGGCUCUGUGGGCAACUACCGGACCACUAUUAAGAACGAUGUAGAUGGAGCAGAGCUUCCAGGUACACCUAGUACCGUGCACCCCACCAAGACUGGAGAAGGCUCUUUGACGUCAUCGUUGACCUCAUCCAUCGAUUCCACAGGAGGCGGGGACAAUGCAUCUGUCCCUCGACCAGGAAGCCACACCAUCGAGUUCUUUGAGAUGUGUGCAAAUCUUAUUAAACUACUUGCACGAUAGCUCGCAAAACAAUCGCUAGCCUUUUUCUCCCUCUGAGUGUCUUUAUAGCAAUAAGCAUGCAACUGAAUCGUGGCUCAGUUCAUCCCGGCUGAGAAUGAAGUGAUUGUUCCAUGGCACUGAUGCAGGUUGGCGUUCCCUAAGCUGAAGGGAUGUAUACUGAGCUGACUGGGGAUGCAAAGGGUUACUGGGGGAAAGACAAAUGACUAGCUGAUUAAUUAGCUAGGACGAGGGUUUUACAAUUUCCUGAACAACUUAAUAGCAAGCGUCUACAUCCCAACUACACAUAUAUGCGCAAGUGAUUACACUGAAUUUUCUGUACUGUAGUCAGGUGAGCACUGCUUUUCAGUACAGAGAGCAAAAUCACAUUCUUACCUGCACAAAAGGAAGCCACACAUGUAGGUUGGGGGUUUGGGUGGCAGUCACGGGAUGCAGGAAGCACUUUUGCACAAGUUUCUUUUAUUUCCUGCUGCUGGUGUUUUUGGUUUUUUUUUUUUUUUUUUUUUUGGUUCUUUUCAGUAGGGAUCUGAGAAUUGGUGCACAUGUUCAGAAGCGUUAUAUAUAACUAGGGUGGGCAUACCCACCACAUUCAUUGGAGUCUGAAGAAGUUCAGUGACUCCUGUAUUUCUGUCUUGCGUCAGGGACUAAAGAAUGCGUUCAUCAAAUUUAUGUUGGGUUAUUUUUUAUUUUUAUUUUAUUUUUACUUUUUUUUUUUUUUUUAAGAAAUUGUCAGACUAAAUUUCAUGGUUUUGUCCUGUUGUAAAAAUGUGUUUUUGAAUUUGUCUGUCCCCCACCUUUUUAUAUAUAAAGACGUAAACAUAUUUAUCAGUGCAUUAAGUAGGUGGAGUGUUGGUUGUAAAGGAAAUUGAAUUUUUUUUUUUUUUUUUUUUUCUUUUUCUUUCUUGCAUUAAGAUCUAUUGCUGGAUGGUAUAUAUAUAUAUAUAUUUUUUUUUACAGUCUGGCUUGUAAUCAUAAUGAAUUUUAUUUUAUUCAAUCAUAGUUAUUCUGAUACACGAUUGUCUUUGUAUUUAACUUUAGACAGCUUUUUGCCACGACAGUCAAAAUCUAGAACUAGAACUUUCCAUGUCGCAUUAGAAUGACAAGUUGAUUUUUACUUUUUCUCUUAUUUCUUUAUUGUUUUUGGUUUUUGUUUUAGAUUAAUGAAUAGGAUUUCAGUAUGAUUACAAAGUGAAAUGCCUUUUGCCUACAUUUGUUUUGUAAAUGCCAUCACACAUGAAUAGGCCUCAGGGCUCAGUGAGUAGUAGCAAUUACAUGCAGCGCGUGGACAAUGUCUGUUGGUAAGCGAGUACAUCCACAAUGUCAUUUUUGGACAUGUUUUAAUUUCCCAUACAUUCCCUUGAAGUUUGACCUUGUUAAAGGUUUUAUGUUUUUAAACCUGAAACAGACUUAUGAGCUUUGAAUGACAUAGAUCGGGGAGGUAGAUCGCACUUCUGGUGACUUGUAAGCUCACAAAGUAAAGUUAGAUAUGUCUUUGAUUAUAAGUAUGAUGUAUCUCAUUAUCCAUUGCCUCUCCGUGGUCUUAAAGUUUUAAGUUAUGCCUGUUUGGCUGCCUUAUCAUUAAUCAGUACUGUUUAUCAGUUUUAUGUCAGUAAAAGUUGGAAAUUGUGCCGGUCAGAAUUCUUGGUGCUGUUUUUGCGGUUUUGAGGAUUAAAGUAAUCUAAUUACACUAUCUUUAUGGUCGAUUUAUUCAUUUUUCUAGGUGUUUUGCAUUACCAAAAAGGGAAAAAAUUCUAACUGCAAAAACCUAAAAGGUCUGAUUGUCAUCUGUUUUAUAGACAUCAGUAACUACUGCCAUCUUUAAAACGAUGUCAACAGGAUCAAGUUAAAUCAGACUUUUAAGAUAAUGUGUGUGUGUGGGGGGGCUUCUUAUUUAAAUUAAAGUUAUUUGUAUGAAUCUUAUAAUCUGACAUGUUUAUUAGCAAAUGUCAGCAAUCUGAAAUAUCUGUUGUAUGAGCAUUUUACUUUUCAGAGAUAAUUCAGGAGUGACGAUAAUUGUGACCAACUUGUAUCUGUUGUUCAUAUUCACAUUUGACCUUCAUGUCUCAAAGACAAAAUAUAUGGAUCAUGGUAAAGGCACACACACUAUGGGUUUUUUUUUUUUUUUUGGGGGGGGGGGGGGAGAGUUGCAACUUCUGGUUAUAAACUACUUUUCAUGGCUUGCUUGAUACAUUUUGAAAGAAUAUGCGCAAAAAAAAUUUUCUUUUCUUUUUUCUUUUUGCCUCUGAUGGAGUAUUGUCCUAGUGGUCUGUUGAGUUCAGCAUCUGUUUCAUCUGCUUCAAAGAAUAAUUGUUCUGUUUUUGUUUGGUGUGUAAGGGGACCCAACCAGACUGAUCAGUGUAAAUCUGAAUGGACAGUAUUGAAUCAUUUAUAUACACAACUGCAUAAUAAACUGCUAAAAUGCA